CCCCUCCCUCCUUCCCUCCCGCCGGCGGCCACCAUGAGCCCUGCGCACCUGUCCCGCCACCGCCACCGCCACCAGCUCCCCCUCCUCCUCUUCCUCCGCCACCACCGGACCUCCUCCUCCGCCGCCGCGUCCGCCGUCUCUCCCCUCCGGGUCCCACUCUCCCACCCGGCCUUCCUCAUCUGGUCCUCCAACACCUCCGUCGGCAAGACUCUGGUCGCCACCGGCCUCGCCUUCGCCUCCCUCUUCUCCCCCGCCCCGGCGCCUUCCAGGUUCCACUACCUGAAGCCCGUCCAGACCGGCUUCCCCUCCGAUUCCGACUCCCUCUUCCUCUUCGACAAGCUCGCCUCCCUCUCGCUCCUCCGCAAGCCCCGCUUCCCCGUCCUCGCCUCGCACCGCGUGCUCAGGGCCUCCGCCCCCGCCGCCUCCGCCGCCGCGCUCUCCCUCUCCGAGGCGCGGCCUCGGGACGGGGGCGAUUCGGAUUUCGGGAUGGUUGAUUUGGGGGUCUGCGAGGAGAGGAGGUUGGAAGGCGAGAGGAGCGGGAAUGGGGACGGGGAUGAGGCGGUCUCGGAGCUGGUGAGCGAGACGGUCUUCGCUUGGAAGGAGGCGGUCUCGCCUCAUUUGGCGGCGGAGCGAGAGGGUGGUGUGGUGGAGGACAGUGUGGUGGUGGAGAUGGUAGAGAAAGGGUUGAGGGUCGGCCGGAGAGAUGGCGAGGGGGAGGUGUUUUGCGUGAUCGAGACUUCUGGCGGAGUUGCGAGCCCAGGACCUUCUGGCACUCUUCAGUGCGACUUGUACAGGCCUUUCAGGUUACCUGCUGUUCUUGUUGGAGAUGGACGACUAGGUGGAAUUUCAGCAACAAUUUCAGCUUAUGAAAGCUUAAGAAUUCGAGGAUACGAUGUGGUUGCUGUUGUAUUUGAAGAUCACGGGCUUCUAAAUGAGGAGCCACUGAUGGCCUAUUUUCGUAAUAGGGUGCCAGUGCUUGUGCUGCCACAUGUUCCAGAAGAUCCCUCAAAUGACCUGAUGGAAUGGUUUAUCGAUUCUCGAGGCAUAUUUGAUGUGUUGAAGAACAUAAUGAAGUCAUCUUAUCUGGAACGAAUGCAGACAUUGCUUGAUAUGCCUAAGAAGGCAAGAGAUAUAUUCUGGUGGCCUUUCACUCAGCAUACACUUGUAUCAGAAGAUGGCGUUACCGUGAUUGAUUCACGGCAUGGUGAAAACUUUACAGUUUUCAAGGAUCAGGAUGAUAAAUCUUUGAACCAAAUGUUUGAUGCUUGCGCAAGUUGGUGGACCCAAGGCCCUAAUGCUUCUUUACAGACUGAGCUUGCAAGGGACAUGGGUUAUGCGGCUGCAAGAUUUGGGCAUGUGAUGUUCCCAGAAAAUGUUUACGAGCCAGCCUUAGAAUGUGCGGAGCUUUUGUUGGGUGGUGUUGGAGAAGGUUGGGCUUCUCGAGUAUAUUUCUCGGAUAAUGGAUCUACUGCUAUUGAGAUUGCUCUCAAGAUGGCUUUCCGUGUAUUUUCUGCUGAUAUAGGAAUUCUUCCAGAAAAUUCAAUUGGCGAUACUUCUGAAAAACAGCCAGAACUUUUGGUUCUAGCUCUCAAGGGUUCUUAUCAUGGAGAUACUCUAGGUGCUAUGGAAGCACAAUCGCCAUCAGCCUAUACCAGCUUUAUUCAGCAGCCAUGGUACACUGGGAGAGGUCUUUUUCUGGAUCCUCCUACAGUUUUUUUGCACAGAAGUGUUUGGAAACUUUCCUUACCAGCGAUGAUACAUAAUAAAAGUUUUGAAUUUGACAAAAUGACGUUCAGUUCUCGUGAUGAAAUUUUCUGCAAGAGCAGGGAUGAAUCGGAUCUUUCUGGUAUAUACUCAUUAUAUAUAUCCCAACAUCUAUCAGGAUCAAGGGGAUCUAAGUACAUUGGGGCACUUAUUAUAGAACCAGUCAUACAAGGAUCUGGAGGAAUGCUCAUGGUUGAUCCACUUUUUCAACGUGUACUUGUUAACGAGUGCCAAAGGCAAAAGAUUCCAGUAAUAUUUGAUGAAGUCUUCACUGGUUUCUGGCGUUUGGGAACAGAGUCUGCCGCAGAACUGCUUGGAUGUGUGCCAGAUAUAGCCUGCUUUGCGAAAUUGAUGACUGGUGGGAUGAUACCCUUGGCUGUCACAUUGGCGACAAAUGCCGUGUUUACUGCUUUUCUUGGGGAAUCAAAGCUCAAGGCGCUUUUGCAUGGACACUCGUACUCUGCACAUGCUGUCGGGUGCACAGCGGCCACUAAAUCCAUCAAGUGGUUCAAAGAUCCUCAGAUGAACCACAACAUCAUUCCUCAAGGGAAGGUGCUUAGAGAGUUGUGGGAUUUCGAGUUAGUCACGCAAAUUUCGUCUCACCCAGCAGUCCAAAGAGUUAUCUCCUUGGGAACUCUCUUUGCUCUGGAACUCCGAGCUGAAGGCUCCAAUGCUGGGUACGCUUCACUAUACUCGAGGGCUCUCCUUCAGAUGCUGCGUGAGGAUGGGGUGUACUUGAGGCCACUGGGCAAUGUCAUCUACCUCAUGUGUGGUCCCUGCACUCCUCCUGAGACAUGCUCCCAGCUGCUAGUCAAGCUUCAGAGAAACCUGGAAGCAUUUCACCGGGCCCACGGAAAACCAGAAACGGACGCUGUCACGAACGCGAAGCCAUCUUCUCGCCCGACUCAUAUUCGCUCCUCGGUAUGAACCUUCGCAUUCCAAUUUCUCAUUGGGCGCCUAAUGGGAGUAGCCUAGUUCGAUGUAGCAGCCGACCGGCUUCCAUUCUGAUCGAACACUUUCCUGUUUUAGUAAUGGACCUGCCCGAGAUAAAUCUCUGUUUUUAGUGGUUAGAACAGUAAUGUUUUCGUCCUCCUUUAUCUCAUGUAGUAGCAUAAAACAUGGAAUGUACCAUGUUCGGAAUUAGACGAAUUAAAUUUGUCCGCGAUGACACCCAA